CCACAGCCUGUUCAGAGCUCAGAAUAACGCUGGAGACUACACCGAGAACAUCACACACACACACACACUCACUUCUUACUCUGCCGUGAAAAGAACCCGAUCGCGCUUGGAUUAUAACUAUGACUCUGGAGGAGAUUAACGGACAAAUGAACACAAUGGAAAACGCAGACAGGGUGCAAAGUGCUGGCGCAGCCCUGGAGGAGCUGCUGAUCGCCGCAAAGAAGCAGGAUUACCUGACAGUGGGAGUUUAUGAAUCUGCUAAAGUCAUGAAUGUUGAUCCAGACAGCGUGGCAUUCUGCGUCCUCGCCACGGAUGAGGAGUACGAGUGUGACAUCGCUCUUCAGAUCCACUUCACCCUCAUCCAGGCUUUCUGCUUCGACAACGACAUCAACGUGGUGCGCGUCAAUGACAUCGAGCGCCUCGCGGACCUCGUGGGCGCCGACGAGACCGGCGAGCCCAAAGACGCACACUGCAUUCUUGUCACGAGCCCCAGUGCAAACCCGUGGAAAGACCCUGCUCUGGAUAAACUGAGCCUGUUCUGCGAGGAGAGCCGCAGUGUGUAUGACUGGGUGCCCGCCAUCACUCUCCCAGAGCGCUGAAGUUACCACCAACUUAAUGCUUCACAUGCUGAUGAUGAAGACAUGAUGAAUAGAAAGUCAAGGAGCUGAGCUUCUGUCGGGGCAUUGAGCCUUUCUGCCUGACUUUUUCGGGGAUGAAGAGGCCGUGGUUGCAAACCCAUCCCACCCCUUGCAGUUCAGUCUGGGUCAGCACAUUCUGGUUCUGGAUUACCCGCGAGGAAGGGGUUCAAGUUGAGGGGCCAACUGUUGAACCAGGUGCACAUGGAGUGGACAGAGAGCUUGAUGGCCAGAGGAGUUGGAUUAUGCUGGUAAAGAUGAAAGGUGACUUCCUCUAGUGGGAAAGAGAUCAGAGAAAUAAGGACUUCUGAAAGUGUGGAGCCAGCAUGAAUCUCACCAGAGAGAGAACAGGCUGCUUCUGAAGAUGAAAAAAAAGGCCUAAAUGGACUUGGACAGCGAUCAGGAUGUUCUUGGGAAAAAGCAGACGCUUUGCUUGCAAAUCCUGACGUCGGCUGUGUCUGUAUGUGGCACGUUAACGUGGACUAUUGUUUGCUUUCACACAUGCAGACCGAACAAUGCAAUAUGAAUUGUAUUCAUUUUUAUUGAUUUGCAAAUAAACGUUUGGAUUCAAAUGCA